AUGGAUACCGUCAACGUGUCCUACACGUCGCCGUUUGCGAAGCCGCUCCUGGUUACGUUCUGCAUGAAGUUCAAUAGCCAGAAAAUAUUCACAAAACUUACGCAGCACGUUCCGGCGAGGAACGGAUCGGCGCUGGUGCUCCUCAGCUGGACCGAUGUCGUAUCGUGCUAUUUCAACCUGCGGCCGGUCAAGAAUGCAGGGAACGGUUCGAACAGCCACUACAUCCGCAUCCUUUCCGAGGCGCGCCCGACGCCGAUCCUGGUCGGUCUGGGGCAGAAUACUACGACGGCGCCGACGACGGCUCCGACGAACGUCGUGACGGUGGAGGAUAAUGGCGGGACGGGUACGGGUGCGAAGAUAGGCAUCGGGGUUGGAGUUGCGCUUGGUGUGUUGCUGUUGGUCGCUGCCGCGAUACUUGCGGUCUGGCUGCUGUUGCGAAGAAGGAGAGGAGCGAAGACUCGCGCGACGGGACGGCUGCUGGCGGUGGAUAACGAGAGUGCGAAGUCGGAUCCUGGGAGCGGGGUGUCUGGACCACAGUCUGUGCCCUUGAAAAUGGUGCCGAUGGAGGCAGAGAGGACGGACAAGGUGGGCUCGCCGCACGAGUUGUCCUCGGAGAGAAUGUAUGAGAUGGAUCAUGAGAGGAGUGCGGGAGAGCUGAGUGCUGAGCCGGCUACGAGCCGGCUACAAGAGCCUGAUCCGAGAAGAUUCUCUUGGGAAAGGACGCCCGUCGGCUGA